AUGUUUUUGUUCUCCCUCAAGAAUACUUACGAACGAGCUGAUGCUUUUGAGCAAAAGAAGUACGCUCCUGGAUUCCAUUACAAGUAUAACCAAGUCAUUGAUGAAAUUGGCUUUGGGUCCUACCAGUACAAGAUUAUCGCAACUAUUGCUCUAGUAAAUGUUUCCCUAGGGAUCUUCGCAGGGCUCCUGCCCUUCUUAAUCCCACUCGUAAAAUUAGAAAUUGAGAUGGAAACAUUUGAAGUUGGGCUACUCAUUUCAGCCCAAAGCUUCGGAAGCAUGCUCGGAGGCCUCCUUUUCAGUUACAUCAGUGACUUGAAAGGCAGGAGAAUUUCUAUGCUGUGAGGGAUUGCAACAACAAUCAUCUGUUCUAUUGUCUGUACACUCUUUACGACAUUUUAUCCCUUCGUGCUAGCCAGAUUUGGGGCAGGGAUUGGAUAUGGAGGUGUCUUACCAGUCGGAGUCACUUAUCUUACUGAAUAUCUCCCUGAUCAUAAUAGAGGCUCCUAUCUUCUAACAAUGGAAAUUUUUAGAUCGUUUGGAGGCCUUGUUUGUAUUUUUGUCGCAUUUAUUUCAGAAAACAGCUGGAGGUUCUUUGUCUUGGCUCCAGUGGUUGUUCUCUCCGUAAAUAUGAUUAUCAUCUUCUUUUUCCUCCCAGAGAGUUCCAGAUAUCUUCUCUUUCGAGGAAAAACAGACAGAGUAGUUGAAUUACUUCAAGAUAUGUGAGAACAAAACAGUUGAAAUUUCACUGUACAAUUUUGCGAAAUCGAUAAUGAUGAGAAAAAGAAGAUCAAGAACAGGAAGAAGUCUAUAUGAAACACCUUAUUUGUCAGAAAAUGGGAUAUUACCAUCCCUCUACUUAUGCUCUGGUUCUUCCCUGCCUUUGGAAUGGGAGUAUUUAUCUUCUUGCCUGAAAUUAUGCUUCAAUUAGAGUUCACUAUGAAUGAAAUUUAUAUACUUAAUUCAUUCCUGCUUUUACUACCAAUGCUGGGGAUAUUUAUCACUACAAUCAUAAUCGACUCGUUCGGAAGAAAGCAACUGAUUAGUAUAAGCUCUCUAAUAUCAGGCCUCAGUCUUAUGUGCUUUUUGUUAUACCCACAAGGAACGAAGAAAAUCAUAAUGUUUUAUGUAAUCCUUGGUGUUUUCUCGAUAUUUAUGAAGGUUUACAGAAGUGUCACCUAUGCUUACACACCUGAGGUAUACUCCACUUCGACAAGAACUAGUGCCGUUGGUGUAAUGAGCGCUGCUGAUAGAUUCGCAUCAAUUAUUCAACCAAUAAUAUUUUCAAACCUUGUGUAUACAUCUUUCAAAUUAUCCCUGGCUUGCUUUGGAGCAUGACUGCUGGUCACAUUCUUCUUUUCGUUAUUGCUCACCAAGGAGACUUCGAAUAAGCCUCUGAAGGAGAGUUUCUUGACUGAAACAUCAGACCAUGACAUUGGAAGGAGUGCUCUUUAUACUUCCAUGAUAUCAGAUCAAUAAACAGAGAUAUU